AUGACAGUGGGCGCGGACCGCUCGGUCACUCUUCACCUCCCACGGAUCCUCUGCUUGCACGGGGGUGGGACCAACGCCAACAUCUUCCGGAUGCAGUGUCGCGUCCUCGCUCGCAUGCUCCAGCCGUACUUUCGCCUGGUCUUCGCAGAGGCGCCUCUUGCUGCACUACCAGGCUCCGACGUAACCGCUGCUUACAAAGACUACGGUCCGUUUAAAGCCUGGCUGCGUGUUCGAGACGAAGACCCGGUUCUUGACGCACACCACAUCGUCAGCAAGAUCGAGGACUCCCUGAAAGCAGCCCGGAUCACAGAUGACUGUCGAGGGGCGACGGGAGAGUGGGUUGGGCUGCUCGGCUUCAGCCAAGGCGCGCAUCUCGCCGCCAGUAUCCUGGCCAACCAGCAGGAGCUGGGACGGCGCGCCGGAGAUGAUGCGGCCCGGCCAGUCUAUCGAUUCGGAGUGCUCCUUGCUGGACGCGGACCGCUCAGAUGGCUUCAUCCGGACUUACCUAUUCCACCGGGAUUUGUCGAUGUAUCCAAGUGCACGACGGGAAUGGAGAGAGAAUACGAGCCUUUCGUGAACAGCUCACCGUACCGCUUGCAGAUUCCGACAAUCCACGUCCACGGACUGGCCGACCCCAAUAUAGAACUCCACCGAAAGCUGCACGAUCAAUAUUGUGAUCCUCGCUCGACAAUCCUUCUGGAAUGGGGCGGAGACCAUCGGGUGCCCAUCAAAGCUAGAGACGUCACACCCAUUGUUCAGCAGAUAAUCGCGGUGGCGCGACAGGAGGGGGUGCUAUAG